AUGGUCGGCCCGCGCAGCGGUGGUCUGGCACUUGUUGUCGCACUGGCCACUCUAGCACUCAUAGCUGCCGAGAAUGGAGGUGGGCGUGGGCAGAUCAUCCAAGGACCCAUCCAAGCCAAGGACCUGCCUGUGCGCCGGCCCCCGGACUGGCAGUACUGCAACUUCGCCUGCGCAGAGAGCUACAACAUCACCACCGACAGCGCGACCAACGAGAUAUUUGUCCAGGUCGUGCACAAGCCCAUCGCCGGCGUCACCCCUGAGAUGGCCGUCUGGUGGUUCAAAGGCAACGUGGAGGGCGACAUGACGCACCCGGUCGACGGGAUGACCUACCCGCGCUAUCACGUUUGGCACCCGAGGGACCACCUGUAUCAGCUGACAAAGCGCAAGAGCCCCCUGGCCAAGACUGUCCCCGGAAGCGUGGACAAGGCCGUCUGGCGCAUCACCGAGUUCAUCAUCGCCUCCCAGCGCUACUUGAAGAGCGACGCAAACUGCAUCUGGUCAGACGAGGCCUAUGCAAACGACGACAUCCAGGUGGUUGCCCUGAACAUCACUGGCCUCUUCAUGCAGCUGUCCAUCGGGCUGAGCAACAAGCCGAUGCGCCUGCGCCACCUGUGGUCGGCAUCGCCCCAGGGGCUCAUCCUGACCAGCGAGCUGCGCAUCGGCUUCCAGGUCAAAGGCACAUACACAGACCGCAAAGCCCGCACGGUCAAAUCCUACAACAACAAAUAUGCCCGCAAGGCGUUUGGUGGCAGGGACCCGGAAGGCACUGCGCUGCUGUGGGCGCAGCACUGCCUAGAGGAGUUUAGCAACAUGAAGCACUUCCUACCAGCUCUCUACAAGAACAUAACCGGUCUCUGA